AUGAAAAUCUUUAUUGCAACUGUAUUUGUAGAUAAUCAAGAGAAAGCAUUAGAUUUCUACACUAAUAAAUUGGGAUUCCAAAAGAAAGCUGAUAUCUCUGCUGGUGAUUAUCGUUGGCUUACAGUUGUCUCACCGGAUCAACCGAAUGGUGUUCAGUUAUUGUUGGAACCAAACGCUCAUCCAGCCACCAAACCAUUCCAGAGUGCAUUGAAAGCCGACUGUAUUCCAUUCACUCAGUUCGAGGUUGAAGAUCUCGACAAGGAGUUCCAACGUCUAAAGUCACUCGGUGUAGAGUUUGUAGUUGAACCAAUGGAUGCCGGUCCCGUAAUGAUUGCAUCAUUCGAUGAUACCUGUGGUAACCUCAUUCAAAUCAUGCAAUACAAAUUUAAAAAGCAAGAAUAA